UGAAGGCAGGUUGGCUACAUCGACUCUCACACUCGAGAGACUGAUCGUCUUUCCUGGCUUUCCUCUUUACCUCAUGGAAACUUUUAGGUGUUGGAGCUCACUACAUGGAUGCGUUUUGUUUAUGUUCCUUGCAGCUAUCGGCAAAGGGUCAGCAUGUGAGCGUCCCUCUAGUCCUCACUGCUUCAGACAAAAUGCUGACCAGACUGUUUACACUUGUGAAUGGAGCCUGAACACCAAUGAGAGCGAUGUGACAUUUGACCUUUACGUUGAUGGAACAAAAUUUGGAAACAUCGAGGGGAACUCGAUUAAGAUAGUUGAGGAGGAGCUGAUACGAGCUCGUCCUGUUGAUAUUUGGGUGGAAGCUUAUGUAGGAGACUCCAACUGCACAUCAACCAGGAGGUCUGUUAUACUGGAGGACACAGUUAAAUAUGAAACACCGCAAAAUAUUUCAGUAACCUGGUUAAAAAACAACCUCAGCUUAAGUUGGCAGGCUGCAGAGAAGUAUCCAGCUCUGGCAGAGGUCUGGUUCCGGCCAUAUGAACACCCCACAGAAUCAUGGGAAAAAUUAGAGAGAAUAGCAAAUACCACCAAUGAGGCUUUGAAUUACCAGAUCGUUGUUGGGAAUCUCCUGAAACAUUCAGCUUACGAGGUUCAGAUCAGACAACAGUCUAGUGAAGCCAAAAACCCACUGUGGAGCAACUGGUCUCCAGUCGUGAUCGUUCCUGCAGAACUUGAACAUGAACCUAAAGUCACCAAGACAACAAAGCUUGUAAAUGGAGCUCGAAGGGUGGUGCUUACUUGGCCGAUGAUGCCACAUGCAGCAGCAGUCAGCGGAGUGACAUACAUCCUGAGUGACACGCAGUCUUCUCAGGGGUGUCCUUGUGAGGAAAAGAGGAAAAAACAUCACACCGACAUGAAUAAACACACAAUUUAUGUGCCGUACUCGGCUGUCAACAUCUCUGUUAUCGCCAGAAACGCAGCAGGUUCUUCUCCUCCAGCAGUCGUACAAAUACCAACUGAACCUGUGGCAGAUUUAAAAAUUUGUGACAAAACGUUACUGAAUGAAAAAUUAAAGAGGAGCACUUGCCUUCAGUGGUACGAACUUCAAGAUGCAGAUUUAAGGCCAACAAAUGUGACAACUUUAUCAGGAGGAAGAACAAGGAAGGACAAAAAGGAGAAGGAACAAAUAAAGCAGAACAUUAAGGACUACAUCCGCUACCUUUACUUUGAACACCGAUGUGAAGGUGGGAGACCACAGACAGUUAAAAUGUGUCUCUUUUAUCACAAAGAGGGCGCACCAGCCAAAGAACCUCAGGACUUAAUAGCUUUUAAUGAAGCACAAAGUUCUGCUAACCUGUCCUGGAAGGCAAUUCCGUAUAAGGACCAACGAGGCUUUCUCACACACUACAAGUUGUGCAGAGUGAAAAUCGGUUCACAGGAUGAGCCAGAAGUGUGCUCCAACGUAUCAGCCUUAGCGGUAAAACACCGUCUGGAAAACUUGACACCAGGAGCCAAAUACAACAUUAGCCUUGCUGGAGUUACACGGGUGGGAGAAGGACCUAAAGCCACCAUAACUAUCAACACAUGGUCAGAGAAACACUUGAAUGUGUGGUUGAGUUUAGGCUUGCUGUUUAUAUUCUUUUCCUUCACAAUAGUGUGCACCAUUGUCCUGAACAGAAUCAAAAAUAAGAUCUUUCCUCCUGUGCCAACACCUGUUAUUCCAGAUUUCACGCCCUGUCCAAAGUGUCAGGAGAUGUUGGAGAACAAAGAGGAGGUGCAUGACCUGACGCUGUACCAAGUGCAUUCAGAGGGAAAGUCUCUCUCUGAGGAGGCAGAAGAGACCACGGUGCUCGGAGGAGAGUGGGAUGAUGGGACUGACGAGGACGUGGAGAAUAAGAGGAGCGACUCAGGAGGCUCCGGCGAUGAGUGUUUGAGUCCUGGUUCUGCAAACCAAGCGCUGAAGACAGACCUUGAACAGGUGGACAAUGAACUCACCAUGCUGAUAUACAGGACUGGUUUAGUGUUUGAUAUGAAGACAGACUUAUAGAUGGAUUUACCUUUUGCUACCUCAUAGCACAUAAUUGCACAAAGAUAGGCUUAUCUGUUGUCUCAUACAGAAAACUGGACAAAUUUUCUACAAGCAAUGAUUUAUCUGCAAAAACAAUUUGCCAUUAUAGCUGUAUAGUUUUUUUUAACCGUUUGACAUUAAUGUAUUUUUCACUUUUUACUGAUGUUUUAAUUACAAGGUCGGUUUAUGGCAGGAGGAGCGUUAAGCAUGUUUUGUCAAUAAACCUUUUUUUAAAUUGUG